UUGGGUAACGAAUAUCCGAGUGCUGACUGUGUAUGUGUGUGUGUGUGUGUAUAUAUAUACACACACACACAAGUAAUGACACAGGCCAUGGUUUAGAUCAGUGUCCAUGGUGUGGAGUUCUCUAGCAUUAGGAUGAUGGUACAUAGUUUCAAUAUUGUACAAACAAUGCAAACCUGUAAUUCCCUUGACUGUAUGACAGGCUGCACACCAAGAUGCUCCAUAACCAGGUGAUCUCUCGGGAAUUGUAUUCCAUGCAUUUCUUUGGGUAAUUACUUCAUUUAAAACUUGUGGAUUGGAUAUAGUGGUAUAAUAAGCAGCUGGUGAACUGUUAAACCAUAGUUUACUGUAGAGUCUUCCCCCAACAUUGAAUAGAUUCUACUGAAACACAUAUUGAUUUUAAUUAUCUUUUUUUAAAUGGUUUUUGAAACAGAAGCCCAAGUCUACUUGCUUGGUGGUUUUGUUUUGUUUUUUAUUGAAAUCACUUGCUUUCACUGUAAUUACUGCGGUUUAAAAUAACAUGUUUUUUUAAUAAGCAGGCACAUGAAAAGAAGUCUCAUUAAAGAAAACAUUUAGUCUUAAAAAAAUGUAAAGCUUAAAUGUGUUUAAAGUGAUAUAAUUUCUAUUAGCAUAACAAAAGCAUUUACCAGUCUUAUCAAUUUCCUUGUUUAACAAAGCAACAGUUAGCUCUGACAGAAAAUCUGGGUUGAAAUUCAAGUGAUGGAUCUCGUUCCACCAUCCAGUCUCAUAAAGUGAUAAAUCGGUGUGGUCUUGAGUUUUAUUAGAAACGUGAUAUUAUUUUUUAAAGGGUUAUUAUCUGCAUGUCUUCCACUGGAUAAUUGCUUAACUGUCUGUAAUCCUAUUUUGUGUUCUGUAUAGUUCACGAAUGUGGUUUCUGCUGAGACCAUAGCAUUGGCAUGCUUGCUGUUCCAGCAAAGGCAGGUUUUCUGAGGUGUGGCGGAGAAGCAUAUUUGUGUUGCACAGGCUUGCUUCACCUAUGGGUUUCACUGCACAGUGCAAAGUUAAUAUGCUUUUCUUUUCAGGAGCAAUUUAAACAAGCAUGUCAAACAAUGACCUAAGCAGAAAAAGCUAUAGAUAAUUGUACAGAACACACACAAUAGGAUAUGAAAACAGUUUCCCAGUGAUCUGCUCGUUGAUUGCCUGCCGGCUGACACAGUUAAGAGAACGACGGGACUCCACACUCAGGAUUUGCUGAAAUGGAUUGAUUCUGGCUGUUUCGCUGCUGAACUGAAUUUCUCCUAUAACAUGAAAAGUGGUCUCUACAAUAUUAAAGUCUUGAAGAAGUGUAUCAGUCUAUUAGACAGGUGGUUUCUUAGUUUUGAUGAGAUUAAGGAGGUGAGGCUGUCUUUCUCUACCUAUGAGGACCAGGAUCAGAGAGGCAUGCGGAUCAACCAGCAGACCCUAUUGAGGGCGCUCAAGAUGUGCGGAAGAGUGAUCGCUCCACUGAAGCUUGCGCACAGAAUUAAGCACCUGAAAAGCGGCUUCAUUGAAACGGGCCGUGUUCAGCUGUACGAGUUCCUGGACCUGCUUCCUCUCUGCGAGUUACGGGACAAGAUCACGGUUCAGAGGAAUAUCUACAAGCUAGAUGACAGGAGCACCCUGUUGGGAACAGAAGAUGAGAGAGUGGCAAGAUAUCUUAACGAGCGAUUUCAGCAAGAAGAGAGGGAUUAUGGGACAGUUACCAUGGAGAGCAAGAGACUAACGGAGCCGCCUGUGCUGCCAUCCCACAGAACACAGCAGGUGGAAGUGCACUGUGCGCCCUGCAAGCUGUUGCAGAAUCCUCAGGAGGUUUCCCGCGUUCAGGUGAAAGAGGCCCAGCUUGGAGAAUACCGGUCACACCCAUCUGAUAUGGGCCAGUACAGAGAUCACUUCAGAUCCACAAGCAUCCCUAGAUCAAAGCUUUCUUCUGUUGAAAAAGCAAGAGCUCAAACAGCAAAUAGUGGUUGUGCUGCACAGUUUGGACAAGCUAAGGCUGACAGCUGGACAUGGGUGGUCUCUGUGCCACAGCUGCGAAGUGACAAUUAUAUGCCAACCAGGCUUGAGCCAGUUCUGACAGAAGAAGAGCUGAACGCAGCAGUGACAGCAAGGCUAGCCCUUGAGUACGACAUCAGCACCAUGGAGGAACGGUCUCAAUGGGAGUUAGACUGGAAGAUGGAUUACUACAUUCCCGGCUAUCGAGAGGCGAACAAGAAAAGACCUCAAUCAGUGUCUGUGGUGGAGGCCAAGCCAGUCAGGAAGAGAGUAGAGGCACCUGACGUGUUCGAGAGGCUGUCGUCCAGAAUGAAAAGGGGACCGUCGUCAUGCCAUGCAGCAGCAUGCAAUGCCUUCACACAAGGAAUAGCAGCCAUACCGCCCUGUACCAAAGUUUUCAACCUGAGAGCCAUAGCGCACACUCCCAAAAGGACCAAGUGAGAAAGCCUGCAUGUGUUCUUGGUAUAUUAGUACACUGCAGUUAAGAGUGCAGUUUAUUAACAUGCUAUACUUCUGAGGAUGAUUUAUUAUAUGCCUUUUUAAAAUAUUAAUAUGGGUGCAUAUCUAAUUGUAAUAUUGAACACAUGGUUUUUAUAGAUUAAUAAUUAACCCUUGUACAGUGUUGUGGUGUAGAACAAUCAACAUUGAUUGCUUGAAAUUGAUUUUCCAAUUUAUUUUUUUAUUGUAAAACGUA